AUGCAGGCUGACGAGAUUGAACUGCUGCUUGAAUGUCUUCGAAAGUCCUCCCAACACCUGGGCAAUCCUAUGCUGCUCCCUCUGUUCCUCAUUGAACUCAAGGUUCACUAUUUCGCGGUGCUUCUCGAAAAGCGAGCCGAGGGAAUUGAGAAUAUCGAAUACAUGACUGGCAUGAGGCAUGGAUUUUCUUCCAACCCGAGACGGAACACAGUGAGCGAUGAGGACAGGGAAAAGCUGCGGAAGGAGCUCGAUUUCGAUCCCAUUACCCAGAAGCUAACCGGCGUCACGGGAACUUUAUCGUUUUGCGACAUGACAUUUGCAUCCAGCCUUAGGGCAUUGGAGCUUAUCAGCGCACUUAGAAGAAGGAUCUCUGCGAAUGUUGAUCAACAUCGAGAGGAUAUCGACGCCGAGACCCAACGUGCUCUUGACAGAAGAACUGCAUACGUCCGAGAAUUGAUUGUUGGCGCUCAAGCACAUGGCGCGGUACUAUCAGCGCGAACAAGAGCUCAAGUUCAAACUGUCUACAGCAUGAUCGGUCAAAAAGACAACAAGUUGAACAUUGAGACUGCGGCGGCCUCUCAGAAGAUUGCGGAAAUCAGUCUGCGUCACAAUAGCGCCAUGAAAGACAUGGCAGAAGACUCGAAGAAUGUUGCAAUUCUCACCCGUAAAGAUAGUACUGAUAUGCGGAUAAUUGCGGUUGUCACGUUGAUGUUUCUUCCUGGCACAUUCAUGGCGACGCUAUUUAGCUCCGGAUUCUUCAACUUUCUACCGGACCGUUCUAGCCAGGUUGUUUCAAAGUGGAUAUGGCUCUAUUUCACUUUGACAGGCACCACCACCUUGAUCGUGUUUCUUGCUUGGUAUCAAUUUUCAAAACACCAAAACAAGGCCAUGCUGACGAUGAUCCGCGGCAAUAAAGAGACGUCUCCCUUCGAAAGCGAGCAAAUUCAGUAUGACAAGGACAUCCAUUAUACCUUGUCUGCUACUUCAUGA